GUGUGUGUGUGUCAGACACCCAGUUGGGCAAAUUGCUUUGAGUAAAUGGCUGCUUUUCCUGUGUGUCAGGACCUUGGGGAUGGCGUUUGCAGAUGGAAUGUGGAUGAUGAAGUUGGUGGCUCUCGGCAUGUUGGUGGCCGGGGUGAUGUGUGAGGAGAGGAAGCUGAGCGGCGAUGCAGUGGCCCUGGGGGAGCGCAGUGUUCAGCUGGCCCUGGACCUGUAUCACACGGUAUCGGGGGACAAGGCCUCCGACAAUAUCCUGCUCUCCCCUGUGGUGGUGGCCUGCUCCCUGGGGCUGGUGUCUCUGGGCGGCAAAGGCUCCACAGCGGCCCAGGCCAAGUCCGUGCUGCGCAUGGACAAGGUGCCGGAUAAGAAGCUCCACGAGGCCUUGGCUGAGUUGCUGCAGGAGGUGAGCAACGUGACCACUCGCAACGUGACCUGGAGGCUGGGGAGCCGGCUGUACGGCCCCACCUCAGUCAGCUUCACAGGGGACUUUGUGAAGAGGAGCAAGGAGCACUUCAGCUGUGACCCCUCCAAGCUCAACUACAGGGACAAGAAGAGCGCUCUGACCUCCAUCAACAAGUGGGCUGCCCAAGCCACGGACGGCAAACUGCCAGAACUCACCACCGCGCUGGACAAGACUGACGGGGCCACAAUCGUCAACGCCAUGUUCUUCAAACCUCACUGGGACGAGAAAUUCCACCAUAAAAUGGUCGACAACCGUGGCUUCAUGGUAAAACCUUCAUUCAGCGUUGGAAUCCCAAUGAUGCACCGCACGGGUUUUUACAACCUCUACAGAGACGAAGCCAACAAGGUGGAUAUUUUGGAGAUGCCUCUGGCUCAUAAGCUCUCGAGCAUGGUUUUCAUCAUGCCCUUUGGCCCCGAGCCACUGGACAGGCUGGAGAAGCUCCUGACCAAGGAGCAGGUGAACACCUGGAUGAGGAAAGUGAAGAAACUGCCUGUGGCCAUAUCUUUACCAAGAGUCAGCUUGGAAGUUAGCCAUCAUCUUGAGAAACACCUGGCCAACAUCGGUUUGACUGAAGCUGUUGACAAGAGUAAGGCCGACCUGUCCAAGAUGUCGGGGAAGAAGGACCUGUAUCUGGCCAAUGUUGUACAUGGUACCGCCUUGGAGUUGGAUGUUGAGGGAAACCCGUUCGAUGCCACCAUCUACAGUCGGGAGGAACUGAAGAAGCCAAAGGUCUUCUACGCUGACCAUCCCUUCAUCUUUUUUGUGAAGGACAAGAAGACCAAUUCAAUUCUUUUCAUUGGGCGAUUGGUAAAACCCAAGGGAGACAAGUUGAAUGAUGAGCUGUAGGCAUCUGGCUUCAGCGUCCAAUGCCUUACAAGCCAGGGCUAACAGAUGCCAAAAGGGGAAACGUAGGAAAUGUAAUAAAAAGUAAAAUAUUUUGACUUCACGUAACAUUCCAGUUGGGCUGGCUAUGGGGGUGGGAUGUGGCAGCAAUUUUGAGAAUGUCCACAAAAUAUACAGUGCAUUAACUUUACGAUAUGUUCUGUGAAGCGCUCUGACACAUGUAGAAGAUGUGCUAUAUUAAAUUCAAGGAUUAUUAUUAUAAUUAAUUUAAGUUAAAUAACAAUUUGAGCCAAAGUUUUUAUGAUGAAAAGACCUGGACAGUCCGUCUAAUUGGAAAUUAAUUGGAUUGACUGACCAAAUUAUUCUUUAUGAAAUCAAUUUUUUUUGCAGAAGGUUGGCCAAUGAAAUUAGUUGAAAAUGUGGUUUGUCCUAGAUUCGAUAAUUAUCAGACUGGUUGUGAAAGUUUUUCACUUAUUUAUUUCUGGAGAUUGAGGAUAUGAUCCUUAACCCUUCCUCCACCCUCCUCCCUGCCCCAUCACCCACUUCAGCACAAGGUCUAAGUGCCGCUAUCCCUGACCGUUUAGCGACAGAUAACAAUAAUAAUAGUAAUCCUUCCAUUUGAUACAAUGCUAUGUCACGU